CGCGAAACCACGGAAAAUCUGUGGAAACGUUCGCUGGGAAACCCAAACCCCCGUCCCGUAUCCGGGAAACGGCGGAGAGGCGUGGGGGAGACGAGAGCGAGACCCCGUACCGUACCGCGCGCACCAAACGCCGUGCCCAUGUAAAUACCACACCGCAACGCAGUUCGCAGCUCGCGCACCGCACCGCACCCACCCACCGCACCGCGUCCCAAUGCCCCAGCCCGCCAGCCCAGCCUGCUAGCUCUGUAGCUCGCCAUGUCGGCGUCGUCGGACCCCUCGCCGUCCUCCUCGGCUGCGGCGGCGGCGUCGGCGUCCCCGCUCGCCGCCUACCACGCGCACCCGCACCACCCCCACCACCACCUGCACCUCUCCACGCCCCCGCACGCGUACCCGCCCGCGGCGCCGCCCCCUUCCCCGGCGUCCGCGCCCAGGGACUACCGCAAGGGCAACUGGACGAUGCACGAGACGCUCAUCCUCAUCACCGCCAAGCGCCUCGACGACGACCGCCGGGCCGGCGGGGGCGCGGGCGGCGUGGCCAUGGCGGGCCCGUCCUCGCCGCCCACGCCGCGCUCCGCCGAGCAGCGCUGGAAGUGGGUGGAGAACUACUGCUGGAUCAACGGCUGCCUCCGCAGCCAGAACCAGUGCAACGACAAGUGGGACAACCUCCUCCGCGACUACAAGAAGGUCCGCGACUACGAGGCCCGCCGCGCCUCCAUCGCCGCCGCCGCCCCUCCCGUCGACGGCGCCCCGGCAGCGCAGCCGCAGACGCCGCUCCCGUCCUACUGGACCAUGGAGCGCCACGACCGCAAGGAGCGCAACCUGCCAACCAACCUCGCCCCGGAGGUCUACGACGCGCUCCUCGACGUGCUCUCCCGCCGCGCCGCGCGCCGGGGCGGCGCCGCGAUCGCGCCCGCGGCGCCAGCCCCUCUCGCCCUGCCGCCCCCUCCUCCACCACCACCUCCGCCGCCCUCACCGCCGAAGCCUCUCCUCAACCAGCAGCAGCAGCAAGAACAGCAGAAGCACCACCGUCUUCACCCUCAGCCUCCGCCGCUGCUGCAGCUCCCGGCGCCCGUGCCACAGCCGUCGGUGCCGUCGGCGACGUCCGUUUCCGCCGAGGAGGAGAUGACGGGGUCGUCGGAGUCCGGGUCGGACGGCCUGGGCCUGGGUGGGAUGUCGGGAGGCGUCGGCGGGAACGGCGACGAGCCGGAGGCGAAGCGGCGGCGGCGGGCGGAGCGGCUGGGGUCGAGCGUGGUGCGGAGCGCGACGGUGCUGGCGCGCACGCUGGUGGCGUGCGAGGACCGGCGGGAGCGGCGGCACCGGGAGGUGCUGGAGCUGGAGGAGCGCCGGCUGCGGCUGGAGGCGGAGCGCAACGAGGUGCGGCGGCAGGGCUUCGCGGGCCUCGUGGCCGCCGUCAACGGCCUCUCCGGCGCCAUCCACGCCCUCGUCGCCGACCACCACGGCCGCAGCGGCGACUCCUCCAGGUGAUCAUCAACCAGUCGUUACUUUUUGCACCAUGGAGGCAGAGCAAGCGAGCAAACGCAUGCAAGAUAUGACAACGUUGGCAUCAAGAUUUGGAACGGGGUUCAUGGAUUCUUCGGGUCAAGGGACCGGGAUGUAAUUAAGGGCAAUUGUUGGGAGGCUGUGAUUGAGCUGUAGUGAUGACUUAGCUAGAAUUUCAUUUGGUCCGUAAUGGUAUAUUAUGAUCGAGCCAAGCCGUUGCAUGCCCA